UCGAUGUCACCAACAAAGUCGUGUCACGGGAGACAAGGGUGCAGCAAACAGACCGGCAAGUUUGGGUCAGCUCUCUGACAACAUCGAGGCUCUCUUGGCGCAACCGAACUCGAUUGUGAAUACGAUAUGAGGGGACCGUCCUUGGAACACGUGGACAAACUUCUAGUACCAGUUAACAGAAUAACCUGCCAAUUGAUGAAAACAUAUUUAUGGGGUGUAAUGCUUUCCUCAGACACCGAAUGUUAUGGAGCUAAGCUACGGACGAACCCCUCUAUAGGCUACCACGAAGUUCACACAGUUCCGUUGUUGACUGGCCGUAAUGUUUGCACGGCCACGGCCAACAUUUGGGAGAGCCGCGCGUCGCAGUUUUCUGCAAACAUCUGAUCGUGCCGCAUGUGUGUUCAGUCGAGCUGCCAGCAAUUACUUCAUCGCCAGUCAUUGUGUAUCCUUAGCUGGUCCGAAGAAGACAUCUUCAUCUGCGGAGAUUUUUUUUUAUUUCUCCAUUCACUCGUACGUCAGACAAUCGAUGUCGCACAUUUUGGACAAGCCCAGGAGCAAACGAGUAUGCGACAAUCUGCGACACCAUCUGGGUGAUUAAAGGGACGAUUGCCGAGGAUAUUCUUAGGAUGUGCUAGGACACAGAAAAGUGCAGCAAGACGAGCAAAAUUUAGUGUGUACUCAAAUUAUCUGCAGUGUGUGGUGAGCAAGCGUCUGGAUUUGUGAAUUUCGGAACCGAACCGAUAUCGAUAGAAAAAAGGCAAGAUAUUCAAACGCCUACAAACACAGUGAUAGGAGCAGUAAGGUUCUCUGCAGAAGUGAUUAGGCGGCUCCAGUGUCUCUCCCCCUCUUUCGCGCUGCUUAGUCACCGAACCGAACAGAAUCCUAAUCAUUAGCAGGCAGCCACGUUAUCGAACCUGGUGCGGGAAUAAAAGCUUCUUUGAACUUGGAACUCGAAAUGGAUUUCGGUUGCAGCCGGAACGUCUGAAUCAGCAUCCCUCGAAAAUUUUGACGAAAACUCAACGGUUACUCCAGUUUGGACUUUUUUAUUAUGCCUAUUUCGGACAAACCUCGGCUAAAUUCGCUAAGCGCCAAAAAAACUUCUGUUACCCCGAACCCGUGGGUAACUGGUGGUCCACCGGGAGGUAAAGAUGCGGUUCUCGUUUUCCGGACCACAGCCUUGUCCCCGGUAAAUGCCAACGGAGAUGGCGUCUCCGAUAGUGCGUCCGGAACCUCUUCGGAUCUGUCGACGGUGACUGCUUCCGGGUCGGGAUCAACGAAGGAUCAGACAAGCAAGUCAGUCAAUGAGCAUAACUCAAAGCUGCACGCUGCAACACUGCCUAAAAAUUUUAACGUGCAACGAAAAUCCGAUAGUAUAAGUAGCACACCUAGCAAUAGUCAAGAUGAUGAGGAUGACGAAGAUGAUGACGAUGAAGAAGCGGACGAAGACGAAGAGCAUGAUGAUAAUGGCGAGGAGGAAGGUGAAGGGGAGGGAGAUGAGGAAGAAGAAGCAAACUCCCAGGAUGAGGCUGGUCCUUCGUCCAACGUAGAACAAACCAAAGAUACCAACUCUAAAAAACGUCAUCUAGAAUCGUCUUCUUCGUCUAGCUCUUUGAGCAACGCAUCCUUAGCCAGUCGGGACGGCGACGAACCCGAGGCAGAACUGCCAACUUCUAAAUCAGAACCGCUCCUUACCACGGUCGAGAAAAAAACAACCCGCAAGAGUCAAGAAAAUAAAGAAAAUCAAAGCGCGGUUCGGGCUGAAAUGCCAGCCUCUCAGCUUAACAUAUUCUACAAAUUUAUCAAUACCGAAACUAGGCUUUUGCGGAAGAUUUUGAACGCUCACGGCAUGGGCGAAAGUGGCUCAGACAGUAACGAUUUCAAUUUACUAUGGACGGGUAUCCAUUUGAAACCGGAUAUCCUCCGGAACUUGGCCCCGUAUCAACGGGUUAACCAUUUUCCUAGGUCCUACGAGCUAACGCGUAAAGAUAGACUCUACAAAAACAUUGAACGCAUGCAGCAUUUACGGGGUCACAAACACUUCGAUAUAGUGCCACAGUCGUUUUUGCUACCACAAGACUAUAAAGAACUUAUCGUUGCUCACAAUAAGUGUCGCGGGCCAUGGAUUGUAAAGCCGGUAGCAUCAAGCCGAGGUCGAGGAAUCUUCAUAGUAAACUCGCCAGAUCAGAUAGCCUCCUAUGAACAGGUGGUGGUAGCCAAAUACAUCACGGAUCCUCUCUGCAUUGACGGCCACAAGUGUGAUAUCCGGUUGUAUGUGGCUGUUACUUCAUUCGACCCGCUCAUCAUCUACCUGUACGAGGAAGGUUUGGUUCGACUGGCUACUGUAAAAUACGACCGUGCUGCCGAAAACUUAUGGAAUCCUUGCAUGCAUCUGUGCAACUACAGCAUCAACAAAUAUCACACGGACUACAUCAAGUCGAACAAUGCCGGAGACGAGGACGUUGGGCACAAAUGGACCCUUAGCGCUUUACUGAGACACCUACGCAGUCAAGGUUGCAAUACCGAACAGUUGAUGAUGAACAUCGAGGAUUUGCUCAUAAAAGCGAUUUUCUCGUGUACGCAACCGAUUGUUUCGGCCUGUCGAAUGUUUGUUCCACAUAUCGGUAACUGCUUCGAGUUGUACGGUUUUGAUAUUUUGAUAGACGAUACGCUGAAACCUUGGUUGUUGGAAAUCAACCUCUCGCCUUCGCUUGGCUGUGAUACUCCUCUAGAUACGAAAGUGAAAGCAUGCUUGCUAACGGAUCUGCUAACCAUGGUUGGCAUCCCGGCCAUCAGUCCGCUCCAAAAAGCCUGUUACGAUAGCAAAGGUCAGAAAAUAAGGAAUCUUUCGACACCGUAUAGACGGGUGAAUUCGGCAGAUUUUGUGCACACAACCGGAACUAGCGGUAAAAAAGAUGGAGAUUCCACGAAGAAAAUUCCAUCUACGCUCAGUGCUUUAACAGCCGAAGAGUUGAAGAUCGUCCGCUUCGCUCGUGCACAAUAUGAACGCCGUGGGGGUUUCGUAAGGAUUUUCCCCACCAGCGACAGCAUGGCACGAUAUGCAUCGAUUCUGGACCCCAUAACAGGCAUACCGACCUCGGCUGCAACGUCCGCUGGAAGUGGAACUUACUUGAUGGUCAUUCCGCACAACUACAAUCAAAUGUUACACUCGCAACUCUUCCCGGCGGGAAGCGAAUCGGAAAACAGAAUCGUUCAUCGCAUACAAAAGUAUGAGCGCGCCUUAGAAAGCUCUCUUCCGAUUACUAUCGGUCCAAAACAUACGGCACCGAAAUGCGUCGACGAAGCGAAGCGAUUACGACAACAGAUAAGGAAACUCAUCGAAAACGGCAACGAACUGAGCAUACUGCAAGCUAGGCGAGCAUUCGGUCUGUACUUGGAAUACAUUCUAAAACGGUUAUCUUCGGAACCAAAGCAAAGCCACGAAGAAUUGGUGAUGAAAUUCCUGUAUCGAGUUGGGGCGCACAUGAAGACGCCAUUCUUUUUCAGAAACUUCGGUAACAAAGCUUUGGGCAAGGAUCGUGGGGCAAUGGUUGCAAAGCAACUGGGAGAUUACCUGCAUCUGUAUAACAAAGAAACGGAAGCGUUUGUUGAUUCCUUUGAUCUCGUGGGAAUGAUCCCGAUCAAGCUGUUUGAUGAUUUCCUAUCACAAGCCAGCGAGGCCGAUUUGGAAUCGGUCCUAACACUGCACACCAAUUUCACGCAGUCGAUGCCAUUCCUGUACAACGGUUGCUCCACUAACAUUCCCCCAACGCCACCGAUCCCGGUGGGAGCUCACGGGUUUCUGAAGGCGAUGCCAUGCAUGGCACCGGGCGGAACCAACAAAGAACUAAUCCGUCUGGAUCCUUACUACAAGAGCAACGAGGUGAUGGCCCGAAACAGCCGUACAGGACUAGCAACGACCGUCGGGCGCACCGAGUAUGGUAGAGCGGAUCGAAUGGCUCGACUGUCACCUAUGAAGAAAAAACCUCCGGUCGGUAAUAUGGUGAAAUCCUCGCGGGAAAGAGAUCAACGAUCCAACUGGCUUUACUAGGUUAGGCAUGCGUUACAACGGUUUUUUUUGAGUGCAUACUCCUAGCGAUAUUUCGGCUUAACGUUCAUUCGAUAAAGUAUCAAUUUACUAGGUAUUCGUUCGAAUUUCAUCAAAAAACAGAAACGUACUCUGAACUUAAAACUAAUGGUACUUUUUUUUCAAACACUCGUAGUACUAUUAGAUCGAAAACUGCCUUGAAGAGCCAAAUAUUCUGUUAAAUAAAAUUUAGGGAGCUAUCAUGUUAUAUCAAAUUUGUGGUCACCAGAAGAACAGUUUAUUUUUUAUUAAUUCAAUAAUUUAUUUAUUUAAUUUCUUUCGAUGAAUGCAUGUUCACCACGGAGUAAGAAUGUUGAUUUUUUUUAAUGAUUAAUUUGUUAUGAAAUAUCCUCGCGCCAGAGGAAAACCAGAUAACAAUUGAUCAGUAUUAAUUCCUCCACCAACCGUUAACAGAUAAGUAACUUAUUACAAGCAGAUAAAAAAAAAUCAAUUUAACUAACUUGUUCAUUCUUGCAUGGGAUUGUUUCAUUAGGCUUUUGAAUACUAGUCAUCUGUUCUAGUGAGUGAUUCGUUUUAUAAAUAAAACGUCGCCCAAAGUAGCAUUGCGAAACUCAACAAAUAAAGUAAUCUGCAACUUGUGAUAUAUUUUGAUGAUUUUAUCACCCAAUCAAAUAGAGAUAAAAGUUGUUUGUUUUAAUUUCACAGAAAAUAUUAAGGAAUCCUCAUAAGAAAUCAGUGGAAAUUUUGGGGAUGAAAUAAUUAAAUACUUGGAAAGGCCGAACAAUCAUUAUUGUUACAACAAGUGUGAGUGUGUAUAAGAUUGAACUGCAGAGGAUUAAAUUGUAAAAACGAAAGAAAAGAAAAAAACAGUUUAUAAAGGUUCUCUUUGAACACCUAACAUUUAGACGUAGCAAAAAUUAAAAAAAAAAACGCUACCGAAGCAAUAGAUCUAGUCACGAGAUAGAUUUCCUAACUUGAAACAGUUACACCAACAAGCAGUAGUAGUUAAUAUUAUGUGCACUUUUUCUCCACCUGGACGGUGUUCUAGUAGAAGGAGCGAAUCAAAAUUCUUCUUUAAAAUAUAGAUUCCAGCCAGCCCAAAAAAAGUCGGCGAGAUUGAGCAUAGUUAACUUUCUGUUAGUGAUACAUCUUAGCCAUCGGAACCGACUUAAGCAGAAGAAUAAGACCUAUAGAGUGAUUCGUACAAACAUAUAUUUUUGAUAUUAGCAGUUGCAAUUUUUCAACAAAUCUGUAAAAAGAAACAUGAGUUUUAGCAGUUGUAUUUGGUUUAAUCUACCGUAAAACACAAAUGCUUUCAUCUGGAAAGCCACUAUAUAUACAUGCAUUGCAAAAAGGGUAGUACCGCACACAUAUAUCUACUUUAUAAGAAAUCAAUUACUCGAGCUAUCCCGUUUUAAAUUUUUGAAGCAUAGAAAACUCGACAAAAUCGAUAAAACAUCUUUUAUCGAAUAUUUAUACAGCAACAAACAUUCGCGCAGAAAACGCAAACAGUCACACAUUUUAAGCACAAACUUAGCGUAAGUCGUUCACUUGUUACCGCAUUUCGUCCGAAAAAAAAAACAAUACUAAAAGCAACCAUUGUGUAGGGAAACGCACAUGUUCUAAAAGAAACAUAAAUUUACUGGCUACAACGAUUGCAAUUUGACCUCACGAUUCUAGUAGAAACAGGUAAAAUCAAACAAUCAUCCCGCAAGCGUUUUUUCUAAACUACCACAACAAAGUUUAAUUAAUGCCUAACUACUUAUUCUAUAAGCGAGAGUUUGUACCAAUUAAUUAUUUUACCGCUAUCGUAAGAAUUUAUUUAAACAAAAAAGUCGACUUUUUCUUUUGGAAAUAAAAACCGGUGUUGUCAUCCAUCUCAUGGACUCGAAAAUAUUUUUGAAUUCAGUUUUUAUGACUUCGUGAAAGUAUGGUACCCAACACGGAUAAAUUUGAGAAAAAGCAUGAGCAUAUCAUUUAAUGCAAGUGCUCUUGGCAUCCACUUUAUAAAUACUCAACUCAAUUUUAUGCAAGUAAUUGUUUCGUUGUUUGAUUUAUGAUUAUUUUUUCGAUCGGUGUCAUUGUUGAUAACCUAAUAAUUAAUAACCUAAUACUAUUUAUUGAAAGUUAUCGUUUUAUAUUGAUCGACUCAACGGUAAAACUCAUUGUCUGUGCUUCAGAAUUUUGAUCAAAGCCGUUAUAAAUUGAUGCAAACCAAUGUGUACAUAUGGCUUUGCGGAUUUCUUAAAAAAAAAACGAAAAUAUAUAUCCCUCAAGUAACGAAUCCUGCUUAUAAAAAAGUUUCUAUUCUGAAGAAUCUAAGACACUUAUCACUAAACUGAAAGGAAAUAAAAAGAAAAUAAAC